GAUGACAUACAAAAGAUCUGCCUUGUGUAUGAUUCUUUUUUGUCUGAAUUUCCGUUAUGUUAUGGAUAUUGGACAAGAUAUGUGGGGCACAAGGCACGGCUCUGCACUAUGAAUGAGGCCGAGCAAGUCUAUGAACAGGCUGUGAAGAUAGCAUCACAUUCUGUUCAUCUCUGGGUCAACUAUUGUAACUUUGCUAUAUCAUCGUUUGAGGAUCCUUCAGAUGUUAGAAGGCUGUUUGAGAGAGGAUUAUCUUAUGUUGACAAGGACUAUUUAUGCCAUCUCCUAUGGGAUAAAUAUAUUAAAUUCGAGUAUUGUCAAAAGCAGUGGGAUCGGCUAGCUCAUAUUUAUAUCAACACUUUGAGAUUUCCUACAAGAAGGUUGCAAAGCUAUUAUGAAAGUUUUAAGAAAUUGGCUGUUCUGCUGGAAGAACAAUUGGGAUCCCAAAAUGUAACAACUAAACUACCAGAAGGUGUUCCUAACUGUGAAUUGACAAAUAUGAAAGGCUGUGAGUAUACAGAAAUCUCAAAUGUUGUGGGUUUUCCUGAUCAAAACCCUGCAGAUCCAGAAGCUUUGAAGAAAUAUUUAUUCUUUGGCGAGCUAUUGUACCACAAAUCAAUUCAAUUAGAUAAAAGUAUAAGUUGCUUUGAGGCUCAAAUCCAGAGGCAGUAUUUUCAUAUCAAGCCACUUGAUGAGUUCCAGCUUAAGAAUUGGCAUGACUAUCUCACAUUUGUUGAGGAGCAAGGAAGUUUUGAUUGGACUGUUAAACUUUACGAGAGAUGUUUAAUUCCUUGUGCUAAUUACUCAGAGUUCUGGAUUCGUUAUGUUGAUUUUGUGGAUGCUAAGGGUGGUAGAGAGUUAGCUAAUGAUGCACUCGAAAGAGCAUUGAAGGUCUUCUUAAAG